AUGUCACUAAGCACCUGUCAAAGCUUAAUCCCAUACGCGCCAGGAUACUCUUCUGUACAUGGAAGCCAAACGUUAAGGGCGGGAUUCUGGUCACAAGAUUGUGAUUCCUCGUACCAAAGCCGUGAGCUCGAAUAUCGAGCAAAUGAGGCUCAAAUAUCUACUAGAUCUGCUACUUUAGAUGGUGACUUCAGCGUCCUCUCCUCCACUGAGCCCCGAACGGUGUUUUCAUCUGGUCUACCUACACCUCCGAACGAUAGGGAUCUCUUACCUUCCGAAUUAUCACGGACGAACCCAGAUUCUCCUUUUGGCGACGUGAGAAAUCCAUACAAAGCUUACGUUCCACCAGCCACAGCACAAGAUGAGUCUUCAUCCCAUGUUGGGCCAAAAUACAUACCCUACUCCCCUCCCGUCACUACACAAGGAUCUUUCGAUAUCUCAGUGGAUACCCCAAGCUUUUCUCGGGAUUAUUACGCACCCUCAAGAACAUCAGUGCCCGAAAAUCCCCCUUCAGCUUUCCAAGUUAGGCCUCUAGGAAGCGUGCUUGGGGAAAGCAUUGCUAACUCUACUGUAUUCACAAUUCCAUCUUGUUUGUCGCUGGGACAAACACGUUAUGAGAUCGUAAGGCCGAAGAUUUUAUCGAAUACUGCAGGGUCAGACACGGAAGAAAUGCCGCCAUCCGAGGAACCCUCAGCGUGCUCUUUCCAGAGUCUUCAGGAUCGGGGUACACGUUCCACUUCUUCGAGCUAUUCACAGGCAAACCCCAUCGUCACCUAUUCUGGAUCAACAAGCACCAGCUCGCCUUGCCUAAAAUUAACCCCCGCUAGUCGCUCAGAACGUAGUCGAAAUACCGGAACUACUGGAAGAAGUGCAAGAUCGGAGAGAUAUUAUUCCCAGUUUCCACCAUCUAAUCGCCUUGGAAGUAUUGCCGAAGACAGAUCUGAAGACCAACCUGCAUUCCGUCCUAUGUUCAGUACGCUUCCGAGUCAACCAAGUCGCCAUUCACCCAGCAAUCCAGCGAACAGGAGAUGGAGACGAGGCUUGGCGACUACGAUGAGUGCUAUCAGCCACCCUUUCAGAAGCAUGCAAAGCGCUGCAGGAAAGGUCAGACAUACAUUGCGACGUAGCGAAGUUGAUCAGAGCUAUAGCGUGUCUAAAAAUUCAAUCUCAGCAUUACCAUCAGCAUCGAACGUGUCUUUCGGGUCCAAAAUGAGCUCUAAGUUCUUCGAAAUGACUUCCCGGCUGAGUAACAAGUUUCUUCCCAAACAGAAGGAACAAACGGAAAUCCAAUCGAUUGCCGCCUCGGAAUUGGAUACAUCACCGACGGACGAGAACAGCUUUAUGCCGGAAUCCUCCCCUUCUACCUUGGAACAAUCUUAUCCAGUAUCAUCACUUUUUACCCAGAGUGACCAAUGGCUGGGCGAGCCUUUUGAAGCCGGAAGUGUAUUAAAUGAAUUUCCCCAUCUGAAUGAGGAGUCAAGAAUCACAAGAUAG